UAAAAUGUUUACGCAUGUGUAAAAUAUUUGUAACUAAAGCAUUUGACCAGAAAUGUCAAGUUAACUAACAGUCUGGUGCAACCUGUGCAUGUAGUAGUAGUGUGUGCUUGUGUGUGUGUGUAUGUGUGUAAUUGUAGUGAUGUUGCGUGCUUGUCAUUUUCUGGGUAAACAGAAUUGACCCAUAUCUGCGUAGUUUGGAACUGCGUCACUGCGUUCUUUAUGCUGUCAGUGCUGAACACUUUAGUUGUUUUCCUUGACAAACAUCACAGAGAGAACGAGUUUUAAAACAUGUUUCUUCCUCUUUCUCCGAUUUUAAGAUUGUUCGGUUUUUGGUUAGUAGUAGCGUGUGUUUUCACAGUGUUUGCGUAAGCCUGAAGGGGAAGCGAGUCUCGUGGUAAUAUGAUCUCCUCCUCCCCGUGCGACGCGCCCACUUUUCCUCACGAAAACAACUUUCUCUGAAGGCACGAGCGCACGAGCGCCGUCGACUGCGUUUGUAGAGGCGAUUCAAAGAUUAGAUUACAUUUGAUUUCAUAGCAAAGUCGUAUCGCUGAUCUUAAUUUCUUUCGUUGCUGUGUUUUUCUUCUUCUUGCAUAUGUAUUAAAACCUCGUAUAAUCCCAAGAAACCCCACCGUUAACUGACUUGAGACCAGCCUUCUGAUUGUGAGGUCAAGUUGUCAACCAUAGCCUAUACUUCAUAACAUGACUGACUGACUGAUAAUACUGAGUAACUGCCAGUUGCAGAUUUAGUAAAAACAAUAAUGGUAAAUAACUCAUCAAAAGAUGUAUCAUUUUACAUCAGAGAUUAUGCCUUUACUAGGGCACUAUUCGUGUACACUAAUAACUUACACUAUUGGCUUUCUUUAGCAAAAAAAAAAAAACGUCACAAAUUAUUAGCAGUGAAUUCGAUUACGCCGUUUAGAAUGUUCUUCGGUCAGGAUUCUCUGUUCUGUAGAAUGCCGUUUAGAGCAUAGCCGUGCACGUGUGCUAUUCGACUCCAAAUUCAGCAAAGAGACGCGAAAGUCCGUUUUCCACACACACACACGCUCCUUCAGUUUGCGCAAACGCGCUUAUCUACAGACGAAUUGUAAACACGACGCAGCCGCACUUGGUGUUUAACGGAAACAUCACCAGGGAAAAUUGUUUACUGGCGGGAGACGUACAGUUUUGGGAGGCAAAUCAGAAUCUGGAUGUUUCAGUUUUUAUAAAACCCUGAGCUCCAUCUAUAUCAGGGAGAACACUUCACAGGACAGACCCGCACAGACGCAUAGACUCAUGGCAUUGCUGUCCUCUGAGCAGGAGCCUGCAGUUCCCUUGGAGGAGGCUAGGGGGCGUUGUGGCGUGCGGCGGAAUCUCUUCGGCCCAGUCGACCACCAGCAGCUCGAGCAGGACUUCCAGCGCCUGCUGCGCACGAGCGUGGCCACGGCAACGCGGCGCUGGGACUUUGACUUCCUGUCCGACCGGCCGGCCCCCGGCUCAGCCCUGGAGUGGGAGGAGCUGCGGUGCCAGGAUGUGCCGGAGUUCUACCACAGCAGCGUGGUGAAUGCGGCGGGCACCUCCUGCUCCUCUUCCUCCUCCUUCUCCUCCUCCUCCUCUCCCACCUGCUCCUCCAGUGCGGGGUCUCCCCAGAGGAGCAGCAGGGGCGUGAAGAGGGGCAUCAGUUCCCUCAGCAACAUCGCCAUGGAAACCAAACACAAACAGGCCACUAUCACAGAUUUCUUCACGGUGAGGAAGAGGCGGCGCCUGCACAUUAAAGUCAUGACACGUCAGUAGGAGGAGCUAGACAACAGGAGGCGGGGCUUAGUGGCAUCACCGCUGCAAUGGAUGACACGUACAUAAAGAUCUGUGCGGACUCACUUCCUGUGUGUUUGGACUCAUUUCCUGUCUGUGCGGACUCACUUCCUGUGUGUUUGGACUCAUUUCCUGUCUGUGCGGACUCACUUCCUGUGUGUGCUCCUCCGCUCGUGCGUGUGUGAUUGACUCCUCCUCCUCUGGUGUAUUUAAUGUCAAAUCAUGCGUUAUACUGUGAAUAAGAACAAUAAUGCACUCCAGGAACAAUCCCCCCAGUCCUCACCCCAGGCCUGUCCGUCACUCUACUGUAACCCUGACAACUCAAGCCCUCCCCCCUCCCCCCGUGACCUUUGAUAAAUAUUGGCGGCCACAGGUCAGAAGGUCAGCAGGGUUUUCUUGUUGCGUGGACGUGAAUGACAGCAGCACCUGGAGGUCGAAGGUCAUUCCCUGUUCUUCCUUGGGAGGUUACCCCCCCCCCCCCCCCCGUCAGUCUCUGUCACACAGUGUGCUGAUCUGGACAGAACACUACUGCAGUUCAACACAGCAGUCCUCACACACAUGUCUAUCCAGGUGUGUGUGUGUGUGUGUGUGUGUGUGUGUGUGUUAGCAUGUCUAUCCAGGUGUACAUAUGGACCAUAUAAGGCUGGUACUCUUUAAAGUGGAACUGCACCAGCUUGAGAAAUGCUAAGGAGUCUAUAGUGCCUCUGUGUUAGCAUUGGAUGACUUCAAACAGUAUAUCCCAGUAGAGUUAGCAUUGGAUGACUUUAAACAGUAUAUCCCAAUGGAGUUAGCAUUGGAUGACUUUAAACAGUAUAUCCCAGUACAGUUAGCAUUGGAUGACUUUAAACAGUAUAUCCCAGUAGAGUUAGCAUUGGAUGACUUUAAACAGUAGAUCCCAGUAGAGUUAGCAUUGUAUGACUUUAAACAGUAUAUCCCAGUAUAGUUAGCAUUGGAUGACUUCAAACAGUAGAUCCCAGUAGAGUUAGCAUUGGAUGACUUCAAACAGUAGAUCCCAGUAGAGUUAGCAUUGGUCGUGGAUGACUUUAAUCCCACUUAGAUCCCAGUAGAGUUUCUAUAAAAUGUGGUCAACAUUUUGUUCAACGCCAGCAUUGAUGUGUUUCAUCAGCAUUUUGUUUAUUUUGUUUACAGCUGAAGAAGCAGUUGUAGGUGUGCAAUACCUCUUUACGUGUGUGUGUGUGUGUGUGUGUUUUAUUGCUUUAUAAUGUUGGGUUUAUGGCUUUUGAAGCAGUUUUGAGGAUGUAGCUUUGGGCUUGUCUGUCAGCUCGAAGCUAACCACGCUAAUGAUGUAGCAUAGCAUAGCCUGUUGCUAAUAUAUGAAGGUUAGAGAGUCUGAGAGUAUUUUUCUAUAUGAAGGGAAUGGCGUUGGGUUUUAGUGUGCGCUGAAGGCAGGUUCUGUGUGUGUGUGUGUGUGUGUGUGUGUGUGUGUGUGUGUGUGUGUGUGUGUGUGUGUGUGUGUGUGUGUGGACCUUUACUCUUAAGGCAGCUUUAGUUAACCGAAGCAUUGAGCGCUGCACAUGUUGUCUUGUGAUCUGCUGUUAGACCAGAGACCCAUAUCAUCAUCGACACACACACUCACACACACACACACACACACACACACACACACACACACACUCACGUGUCUCUGGUCCAACAGCAGAGAUGAGUUCUGAUCCUGGUGUGAGCCAUAGUCUAAACUGUCUACCUCACCAAAAACAAAGUCAGAUGAUUGACAAGGACCCUCUCUCUCUCUCUCUCUCUCACAGACACUCUCUCUCUCUCACACACACACACACACACACACCCUAACCCACAUCCUCCUCUGCUUAUCAGAGUGGUGUGUGUGUGUGGCUGUUUGUUUUCUCUGGUUUUGGUCUUGUAUGAGGAAGCAGAAGUCUCACACACACACACAAACUUCCCUGUGUGUGUGUGUGUGUGUGUGUGUUAGAGAGGAGGCCCCUUAGACAGCUCAGUGCCUUGGUCUUUAGUCGCUACACCCCAGCAUUCUCUCGGCCCCACAGCAGGCCCCAGCACCCCUGUGUGUGUGAGAGAGAUCAGGCCCCAGCACCCCUGUGUGUGUGAGAGAGAUCAGGCCCCAGCACCCCUGUGUGUGUGAGAGAGAUCAGGGCCCAGCACCCCUGUGUGUGUGUGAGAGAGAUGUAUGCCUUAUUUCAGCACACAAUACACACCAACAUGGUCUGUGUGUGUGUGUGAGUGUGUUAUUGUAUUUAUCACUUUUCACAGAUGUGAACAGCUUUUAGCCAUGUAUACGUAGCAUAUAUUUUAUGUUCUUGUUUGUGUGAUUUUAUUGUACCUGUUUUGGAAGUAUAUUGUAAUUUAUUGUAAUUCUAUAAUAUAAUAUCCUGGGGAAAUGUGUCCAAAUGCCGUCUGUGUCUAUUGUGUGCGUGUGUGUGUGUCUAAUGUGUCUAUUGUCUUUGCACUACCUGGGCUGAGGAGGUCUGUAGCAUGAACAUCAGAGACCCUGGCUUACUGAGAGAAAUCAGAGACUGUGUGUGCGUGUGUGUGUGCUAUGGGUGUGUGCGGUGUGUGUCUGUGUGUAUACUGGUGUGUGCGUGCGUGUGGGCUUGUGUGUGUGUGUGUCUGUGUGUGCUAUGUGUGUGUGUGUGUGUGUGCAGCCAGGGUCUCUGUGGGUUGGCCCUGUUUCUCAAGAGUACUCAGUAGAUCUCAUAUGCAUGAACGACAACUUCGUACUCACUUUGACAAAGCUGUAAUUUAUAUCGUGAACAUUUGUAUAGGGGAAAGAGUUCUAUCUUCUUGUAUCGAAACAGAGAAAAGCUGUUUAUUGGAGCCACAGACAGAUCGCUGUUGGUGUGGUGUUGUGCACACACACACACACACACUGAACUUAUCUGGGCCUUAAAAAUCACUACACAUGAACAUGUUCUAAAUAAAGAAUCAUACUUUGUGUAAACCCUGAAA